GCGAGAGGAAAGAAGGAGUGUCAAAUGUGGCGUCAGCAGGCUCUGAUCACUGUUCCGGGACUGUUUGAGUGGCCCUGUGAAAAGCCUCUCCUACCAGGUCUCACCUCCACUCUCCUCACUGCUCCCCCAGCGUCCGAUGGCAAAGCAUGACCCUAACGAGCUCCCUCCUCCAUACUACUCUGUUGAGGUGCACACCCUCCCGCCCCUCCAGUCCUAUGAAGAGGCAGUCUAUGGAGCGGGUCCAAGGCCCACUCCUCCCAACCAGCUAUACUACAUCCCCCAGCACCCCCCACCAGUGGCUGCGCAACACAUCUGCCAGCCCAGUAUAUCUCUUCCUGACAACAAGAGGAAACACAAAUGCUGCCAGCAUAGUGCCAAGUGCUUUGGUGGCUCAGGAGGCACCGUUCUGCUGCUCCUCCUGGCCAUUGCCAUCUGGCUCGGAGUGCAUUACGGUACCAGGUUGGGAACUACGGCUGCCACCCUCGACCACCAUGACAGUGAGGAUGAGGGGCACCCUGAGAAGCAGUUGAGCGUGCCCGCUCACGACACCUGCUCCAACUCCACCGUCCAAUGUGACGCUCUGCGGGACUGCCAACUGGGCACGGACGAGUCCAGCUGUGUGAGGUUUGGGGCGGACGGUGCUCUACAGGUCAGAACAUCUCAGGAUGGUCGUUUUCUCCCAGUGUGUUACCAGGGAUGGAAUCAGAGCUACGCCAACCGAACCUGUGCCCAACUGGGCUUCAGAAAGUCCUUUGCAACCAAGGCAGUGAAGUCCCAGCAGUCAAUUGGUCUAACACUGAACAACAGAUCAUCUUUACCCAUCCAGGGCCAGGUCAAUGUCAGCUUGUCCUGCCCAGACCAGAAUACUGUCUCUCUGAAGUGUAUUGAUUGUGGACGUCAACAGUUGUCCUCCCGGAUCAUAGGGGGCAGUGUUGCCAAGCUGGGCCAAUGGCCCUGGCAACUCUCUCUCCACUUUGGUGGAUCUCACAUCUGUGGAGGGAUCCUGGUGUCCCCUGACUUUGUGGUGACAGCUGCCCACUGCUUUCCCAGGUCGUUCCACCCGGUUCUUGAUGCCAGUAGGUGGCGUGUGUACGGAGGAGUGGUGUCACAAGACCACCUUCCUCCUCCCUACCUCGUCGAGAAGAUCAUUGUGAAUGAGAACUACAACAAUGUAACCAACGACCAGGACAUCGCCAUACUGAAGCUGGCCUCACCAGUGGACUUCACUAAUGCAGUUCAGCCUGCCUGUUUGCCAGCCUUUGACCAGACAUUCCCCCAUGGAACCAAAUGCUGGACCUCGGGAUUCGGAACAAUAGAUGAGGGGGCAGCGAAACCCUCCAAAGACCUGAUGGAGGUGGCCGUUGACAUCAUCGACGUGCGUGUGUGUAACAGCUCCAAGGUAUACUCCGGCAGUGUGUCCAACAACAUGCUGUGUGCCGGAGACCUCAACGGGGGCAGGGACUCCUGUCAGGGAGACAGUGGUGGUCCUCUGGUGUGCCAAACCAGUGACAACCUUUGGCAGCUGGUGGGCGUGACCAGCUGGGGCACCGGCUGUGGGCAGAGUAACAGGCCGGGAGUCUACACCAAGGUGUCCAGCCUACUGCCCUGGAUCUACAGCAAGAUGCAGCUGGAAAGUCCUUGAUGCCACUUCCUUUCCAGUGACCUCGCCGCAUCCUGUCCCUAAAGACCGCUGGCGGCCUUCUUUGUCCUUCCUCUCUGAACACCACACCAUGAAGUCUUCUCAGAAUGAUACUAGAUUGACAGAUCAAGAUGGAUAGAUCGAUGGGUCGACAGAUGAAAAGAUGGCCGCUAGCUAAGGGAGUAGCAGGAAAGCUAUACUGCACUUUACUGUACCUUCUAAAAUCACAAAAUGCAUUGUGUUUACUGUAGUUAUGCCCAAUGGCUGCUACACUAUGUAAAAUAUGUGAAUGUAGGCCAAUCCAUUCUGGGCUCUGAUUCCAGUGUUGUGUUUGAAUGAUUUGAAAUCCCAUCUGUUUUUCUAAUCUUACGGUAAGGAUAUUUACCUGCGAUAGGAGGGUCUAAGAUGGCUGGCCUUUCUCUUUUCUAAGUCUAUGCCACCCUCAUAUCCACUCACGCCUCCCAUCUCUCCUAUAUUACAUUUUUUUGACUGCAUGCUUAUUUCUGUUUCAUCUAUAAGGAAUGUAGAGUGCUUUGUGAUUCAUCUCCAGAAAUGAUUUAGUGUUAGUUAUGUGAAACUCAUAGGAAAGAAAGGAAUAUAACUACUGCAAGGGACUGUACAUUGUUUAUAAUGAGGGAUACCUGAAGAAAAUCAGACCUCUCGGGAAAUCAAAAUGGAUGGCCCUCCCUUUAGUAAAAAUAUAUGUUUACCCGACCCUCCCUGAACGCUUGAAAAAAAGACAAGUGACCCUCCCCUAUACCCAAAAUAAUAAUGAAUGACUGGAGACAAGAGGAGACUUUUAUUUAAUACCACAACAGAGCAUGACAACGAAUGAGCGCAUGCUGCAGCCCCGGAGACAUUUUGAUUUCUAUACAGGCUAUUGUUAAAAAAAAAGAGAAUAGUCUAAGUUUGAAACAGUGCCAAAGUUUUCUAUCAACUGUAAAAAUGUGGAAAAACAACAGAACCAGAUACAACUGAAGUAUCUGAUCAGCAAUGAAUUCAAGAGAAGUACAUUUGUUGUUUAACACAGCAGCCGCAUAUCAUCAGGUAUGGCCUAUAAACACUUGUAACACGGUAUUGUUGUUACGGAAUAGAUUUGUGUUGACUCUGGCAUAGGAAUAUAAACUCAGCAAAAAAAAAAGAAACGUCCUCUCAC